UUUAAUUAAUGUCUCUUUCAAAACGAAUACAAUACUGCUUCGCAAUCUGGCCAAACCAGCUCAACAACGAUUUGAGACGUCAAAGAAAUUCGAUACUUGAAGCGCUCCUUGUGAAAUACAACGCACAACAAAUUAAUCCAUCGGAACAUCAAAACUUAACUCCUCGACUGAAUCCGGUUCCAGAACAAAAACAUAGAAACAAGAGCGCGUAGUCUGGACUGUACAUUUCCGGCAAACCGGCGGCAGUAUCAUCAUGGGCCAGCAGGUGUCCAGUUUACCGCAGAAGAUCAUUCCCAAUGAUACGGUCGAUUCGCUGCAGUUCGAGAUUAAGAAACAGGCCCAGAUUUUCAGCGAAAUCGGUACCCUCAGCUAUGCGGACUUCGAGAAGUGCCUGGCCGAGUUGAACAGUUUAUCCCGCAAAUGCCUGGAUCCGAACGGUAAGCAGCUGGUGUUUGCCGUCAAGAAAGGCACUGAUAGCAGCGUCCUGUGGAAGGGAACCGUGCGUAUAGCCUGCGUUAAAGUUGAUCCGACAACCAAGAAGGUCGAAUGCUACAAACUGUUGAACCUCAAACAGUUUCUACAGGUGUUUCGCACUUUUCAGACCAAUCUACACGCCAUGGUCACAGUGGAAACGCAACGAAUUCGAAGCCCCACAGCCAGUCCGUCCCACUCGGGAGGUUCCGGCAGUGGCGGUCGUUUGGGCAGUUGUUCUUCCAGCGGUGCUGGAAGUUUUGAAAAACCUGAUUCAAGCCCCUCGAAUGGCAGCACCCAGAGCUUUGUCUUUCCUACGGCCAAUCCGACGGCUUCGAUUCUGAUGGAACAUGUGAACGCAAUCAGUGGCGGCGGAUGCUACCUGGAAGGCGGCGCCGGUAUGGAAUGCAACGAGUGCUGCAUAUGUUUAGAGCGGAAACCGGAAGUGUCGCUACCCUGCGCCCACAGCUACUGUACCCCUUGUAUCGAGCAGUGGAACAUUCACAACAAAAAGUGUCCCAUUUGCAACGAAGAACUGUCCAGUACCGAUGACACCUGGAUCCUGUCGGAGAUGCCGGAAGCAGAGGAAAUUAGCGAGGAAAUUUGUGCCACCCUAAUGAAGCUAUCGGUGGACGAGGUUAAAAAGUAAAGGCUGUACUUGCUCGAUGACAACCAUCAAGGGGACGAAGACUUUGGUCGAUACGACCGAGAAUGAUAUUUUUGGCGGACUGUGUAAUAGAAUAUCUAUUUUAUUUUGAAGUACCUAAAUUUGUAGUAUGACUAUGUUUCCCGUUUUUACUAUACCUUUUAAGGAUUAACUUGUUUAACUUGUUGAAGCGCAUUCUUUAGCCAGCCAAUCGGUUGAAAUACAAUAAAAUGUUGAACAGAAAUAUUCCACCUUAACACUUUGAGUGUAUAACACAACGUGUAGAUGUAUUGAUUAUGACUAUAGAAAUAUAAACCUUUAAUGUAACACA